UGCUCCUUGCUGGUGAUGUUUGUGGGUGACUUCUUUUAUCCAGCAUCCUUAAAGGACUGCCUGCCUGUGGAAGGAGAUGGUAUUAGGAGUCUCCUGGGAGUGUUCUUAGCAGCUGGAAGGAGAUACCACCUUCUGAAACUCCUUCAGAAGUUUGGUAAAGUAAAGCAAUUUGACUUUCUCUUUCACAAGUCUGGUGCUCUGGAAGGACAGCCAAGGGGUUACUGUUUUGUGAACUUUGAAACCAAACAGGAAGCAGAGAAGGCGAUCCAGUGUCUCAAUGGGAAGCUGGCCCUUUCCAAGAAGCUGGUGGUGCGGUGGGCACACGCUCAGGUCAAGAGAUAUGAUCACAACAAAAACGAGAAGAUCCUUCCAAUCAGUCUGGAGCCGUCGUCCAGCACGGAGCCGCCCCAGUCCAACCUAAGUGUCAGUGCAAAAAUAAAGGCCAUUGAAGCCAAGCUGAAAAUGAUGGCAGAGAACCCCGACGCAGAAUAUCCCGCAGCACCCGUUUAUUCUUACUUCAAACCACCCGAUAAGAAAAGGACUACUCCUUACUCCAGAGCUGCCUGGAAAUCCAGAAGAUGAUGCUUUAGGAGGGAGUGAUGGUAGCAAGAAACACUGCUUUGUAUACGUGGAGUGCUCCAGUGCUUUUGUACUUUGUAGGGUGGGAAGGACACUGCCACCUGAGCAGGGCACGGCUGGCCAGCCACAGCCUGGCCCACCCGAGGGGCCGCAGCCCCUGCCAGAGCAGCUCACAGCUGAAGGCUGUUCAGAGAAGUAGGUUCCCCUCAAAGCCUCUGAUGAACACGCAGACAACCUCUCGUUAGCGUGCAUUCAUUAGCCAGAUUAGAAACAGUAACCAGCGUACGGAGCAAAGCACAUCCAAAAAUACUCCAUUUAACUGAUUACUUUUUAAGUAUUUUUGAACAAAAAGUAUUCCGGUUCAUGUUUUAAUGGAGGGGAAGCACUUGGUUUUGAUUAACGUGCUGUAGUUACCAUGGAAAACUUUUUCAUCUCAAUAAAACUCAUUUUAAAUAGA